CUUGAUACGGUUUCGGAUCGCUCGAUAAGUAGACUGAAUUUUCUGUAUACAGUGGAAUUCAAUAUUUGCUAUAACGUGUUUAAUAAAUAGUAGCCUUUUUAUAAGGCGUUUAAGCUUAGAACAUUUACAAUGUGAUAUUUAAUAUGAGAUUUCGUGUAAGGACAUUUGUUUGGAGAAGCAGAUAUUGAGGAACAUUCAUUUAUGACGACUGCGUCUUCAGAGGUUCUUUUGGCAAUGAAUUGCAGCCUCUUGUGUUGUGUAUACGAUUUUGUUGUAACCACAAGAUUACUGAAAUAAAAAAAAAAAAAGCAGCAACUUUACAGUCAAAAGUUAUAAUUUACCUUUCAGUAUUCAAUAUGUUGGACAUAAGUAGAUUCCAAUGCUAAGCCCAGCAAUCUCCUGUAAGAAGAGUCAACCAAGGUGUAUACCUAUGUCCAUAAAAAUGGAUUCUCACUUUAUACGACAGUACUCACCAACCGCUGGAUAAUUAUAACUUUUUGUAGCUUUCUUGAGACAAUGACACGAUAUUAAAUACUAGUGAUUAACAGCUUGAAGGAUCCACUUGGAUAUUUCUUGGAUACAAUGCCCUACAUUGAUUUGUCUUACGAAGGAAGGCAUCAGGCUGAGAGAUGCCAACUGGACAAUGGGAAGUUACCUCAUGGGGGUUACAGAGGUAGCAGACGUCAUCCCCUGAUGUAUUUGUCAUUUGACAAAGGGAGAGAAUUUCAAGAGAUCAUAGAUCAGGAAGUGGCACGAGUGUUAGACGACGAGGAUUUCAAUCGGUAUGGGUGCACUCCAUCUUGGUCAAUCCUACUCCACAAAAGUCCAUCUUACACAGACGAGUCCGUUCUGAUGAGGAAUGACCUCCUGGCCGCCAAUAAGAUGGAACAGUCCACCAGUUACGACCUGUUUGACCCCCUGGUGGCGGAGAGUAGCAAGCCCAGACGUGCUGUCCACUACAAUGGACUCAAGUACUACAGACCUAACCGAACACACCAGUAUUUGACCACAACAGAGCUCCGAGACUUCGCCGAAGGAGACGUGAAUAUCAAAUAUGGCCGCCCAACACGGACAACGUUAUUGCGAGCCAGACAAAGGUCAAACUCAGCACCUCAAGAAAGGAGAGACUUUCUUCACCAUCUGGAAGAGAUACGCCAGAGCGCAGUCAUCAACAGCAAUCCUCCGUACUUGGAUCUCCAAGAAGUCAGGGAGGGAGAAUCUCUCCAUUCGUACUUGACAGGAGCACGCUACAACAGGAUGCAUUGUUUGGAUGCCAAGAGUGUUGCCAACAGUGGUGUUUACAUGCCAAGAGUCAAUCCAGGCUUGGGUUGCUUUUUCUCAGGUCCCAAAGGUUUAUGGUACUUAGAGACCCUAAAGCAGGAUCAGGAACCAGGUUCCCAGGAGGACCAUGUUCCUGUACCGCCACCUGUGUCGCCCAGACUUCAGGAGGAAACAUCCCACAGCGCUCCUGGCCGAGAUAGAUCUUUAAAAAUUCCUCCCAUAGUUGGCAUCCAACCUGCUGAUGAAAACAAGAAGGAGACCAGCCCCAAUCCAACUGAUGAGUUGAAAAAACCAAAGAAACAAGACCUGGGCAAAUCAAAGCAUAAACACAAGAAUCUAGACCUCAAUGUCACUGGUAAACAACUGUCUAUCAGUGGCAUCAAGUUACCGUCCAUCUUCAGUCCGAACAAAAUCACGAGCAACGACGAGCUCACUUACAAGUUGAGCCAAUCCAAAUCUAUCAAAGUUGUGGCGCUGGACAAUGGCGAGAACAAAAUUGAGGUAGAAAUGAACCAGGUUCUAGCUCCAGUUUUAGACAGCCCGACUGUCAGUGAUCUCAAAGGAGAAGCGGGCAGGAAAUCGCCUAGUCAAGAAUCAGCCGCCCUUCCAGAGCAAGUCUCGGAUUCUAUCGUUGAAAGGCGUAAGCACGAGACGAGUCCGAUACCGGAAGAGUACAUUGUUCAGGAGAGCAAUGUGAACAGCUCGAGUGAUGGCGUCAUUGUUACCAAUAGUGAAACUAACUUGGAUGUAUCGGAGAAAACAGAAGUCAAUCUUGAGGAACUGUUAGCCAAAGUCGAAAAUAAUGAAGAGAUGUCGAAAGAAAUUUGGCCAGAGGAGACGGGCGGAGAGCCAAUUGAUGCUGUCUUGAGCGAAAAUACCAAAGACAGCGAUGCAGACAUUUCUGACCAUCCCUUGGCGCGCCAUGAAGACACAGAAGAAACACGAGGUGAUAUUGAAGGUCAAGCAGACUUUGACCAGGACACGCUGGAUGCAGCAGAUGAUGUUGUACAGGAGGACGAGCUUGACGAGGACGAUGAAACUUUAAAGGGAAAGGACGCUCAAGCUGUUUCGAAUGGAGGCGUCGCCUUUUUCUUAACCGAACACGAAGGAGAGUCUAAAGUAACAACUGAAGGACAUAAAGAAGAAGACGUCCUAUCUGACGAUGAUGGAAUCAACUAAAUAACUACAUCGUAAAACAAAUCCCACUACAGCAUCUCUGUCUUUAUCAUUAAAGACUUAAACUUACGUUGAGUAUGUUACAAGUAUGCGAUGUAAGUCAUUUAAUAUCAUGUAACAUACUACCAUGUAUAUAUAUUUUAUAUGAACUAGAUAUUUUGACAAUAAAAUUUUUAAAAACAUUUA